AUGGACAUGAGAACGUGUUCAGCCAUUCUCUUCGCUUCUGCACUGGCAAUUGCGUUCCAGGUCUUUGUUUUAUCUCCAAUAUCACCUGAUAUACUCCUUCUUCCAACCUCUUCAAUCCCAUCAAACAGCAAGUUACAGGAAGUUAGUAAACUUGGAGAAGGGCUUCUAAACAAACCAGAAGCCAUUGCUGUCGACAAAACGGGCGUGCUUUAUACGGCUACAAGAGAUGGUUGGAUCACAAGAUUGCACAGAAAUGGAUCCUGGGAGAAAUGGAGGCAUAUUGACAGUGAUAAUUUAUUCGGAGUAACUGCAACAGCAGCUGGUGAUCUUGUCGUCUGCGACGCAGAGAAGGGUUUGCUCAAGGUUGGAGAAGAUGGCGUAACCGUUCUUGCAUCCCAUGUUAAUGGCGCCAAAAUUUUGUUUGCAGAUGAUGUGAUAGAAUCAGCAGAUGGUAGUUUGUACUUCAGCAUCGCAACUACGAAAUUUGAGCCCCAUAAUUGGCACCUUGCAGUGCUCGAGGCAAAGUCGCAUGGGCAACUUGCAAAGUACGAUCCUUCAUCGAGGGAGACGACUAUUUUGCUUGAUAAUCUUGCCUUUGCAAAUGGUGUUGCCCUCUCAGCAGAUCAAGAUUACUUGGUCGUGUGUGAAACUUGGAAAUAUAGGUGCUUAAAAUAUUGGCUAAAAGAGGAAAAGAGAGGACAAACUGAGGUAUUUGUUGAUAAUCUUCCUGGUGGACCUGACAACAUAAAUCUUGCUCCAGAUGGCUCUUUUUGGAUUGCUGUGUUAGAGGUGGUUCCUAAAAGGCUGGCAUUUGUGCACAGAUCAAGAGCAAUAAAACACAUUAUAGCGCGUUCCUCUAAAUUAAGCAGAUGGGUAACUGGUUUCUACAACAAAGCAAUGGUUAUCAAUGUAGCAAGUGAUGGCAAGAUUACAAGGAGCUUUGACGAUCCAACAGGAAAGGUUAUGUCUUUUGUAACAUCUGCACUGGAGUUUGAAAAUCAUUUGUAUUUAGGAAAUCUUAAUAGUGACUUCAUAGGAAAACUGCAGUUGACAACUCCAUGA